AUGAUGGAUAUUGCGAUGAAGAGUGAGUUUGACCCCAGUUCGCUCAAAGCUGACAUUGGUUGGUGCUGACUCUUCGCCACAUCCACACUACACAGUGUCAUGGGAUCUCAGACUCCAUGACGAAACGACCCACCAGCUCGGCCCUGAUGCCACGAGAUCAGAAAACAUCGACACCGAGAUGACUCGACGGACCCUCUGGAUCAUCCUGUCUCACGCCAAUUUCUACCCCACGAUCGAUCGAUCGAGCUCGGGUUUCAACCUGCUGGACGUCACCGCGCGUCUCCCAUGCGAUGACGAAGCUUACGUUCAAGGUUGUUCACCCAGAACGUGCUCGUCUUUGAUGGGCACCGUUGCAGCGCUCCGUUCACCUGAGUCUGUUUUCCGACCCGACCAAUCCCUGUUCGCUUCAUGGGUCCAAGUCACUGAGCUCUGGGCCGAAGUCUCGAGGAAAGCGAGCUCGAUCGAUCCGGCGCUACAUGGGUCUUGGAAGAGUGAAACGGAGUUUUCUGAAUUGCGCUUGGAACUAGAUCAAUGGGAGGCCCAUCUUCCUCCGGCCCACCGUUGGAGUCGGAACAAUCUGAAACACUGGCGAGAGCAGAAGCAAGAUCUCGUGAGUUUCCGGUCUCGAGCACGCCUUCACGAUUCCAUUGAGUUUGAGCCGAGUUCCCUUCUUGCGUCCGGCAGGCAUUCUUUGCGACCAAUAGUACCUUGAAGCUAGCUUAUAUGUCCUUGCACAGACUUGAAGUAUCGUGAGUUCACCGUCUCGUGUUUGUCGUGCGACGAUCAGUUCGAACUGACGGGGCACUAAAACGCGCGCAGUCUUCUUGCCUCAACGGCGGGCGUCUAUGAUUCGCAAUACCAAACCUCACUUGUCGACCGCGACGUUCACACUCCUCUUUCGUGGGCGAGAAUAACCGAAAUGAUGACCAACGAAGCCUUUGAAGCCAUCGCGUACGCAAAGCUCUUCUUUUCGACACGCGGACCCCGAAGUGGGUGUCCCCCCUUUCUGUUCUACAACGUCUUUGUCGCCGCCGAGAUCGCGCUGUAUGUCCUCAAAUGUCAAUGCUUCGACGAUUUUUACGCUGCAAGAGCCGAAGCUACAUUUACGACGGGCUUGGAUAUCCUUCUGGAAGCGGCCACCACUUGGGCUGUUGCAGCAAGGUGGCAUGCGCACUUGGUGGAAGGCUACGGAAAUGGCGGUUACCCGAAUCCAUUCGUACGUCUCAAAACACGUUCCCGAACACAUCGAUACUGAUAUAAUCACCCGACGGACACGGUGGCCCCCUUAACCUCUUUUCCAUACCGUAGGAGAGCAGCUCAACCCUAGGCGCAGACUUGCUUCCACCGCUCAAACCCGCGUCGUCCGGCCUUUCCUUGCCACCUCCUUCUUAUCCAUCAACGGGGUUCGAGACGUACGACUGGGAUCUCACCCAACAGUACACGAAUCCGCUUCAAGAAGAGACUGUGUCGCCCCUCUCGUCGUUCGGAGGAUUCGAUCCCCACUCGUUGAAUCCUCUGGACAGCUCGAGCUCGACGCCACUGGAGUUCCCACCUCUCGCGAAUGCCGCAUCUCCAAACGCGGUGCCGCCCGAGUUUGCAUUCCCCUCGCCCAACGACCUGACCAACUUUUCGUUCCCUUACUUGUUCGAAGCGGAAUUGGCCCAGUGCUCGGAAGAGAUGGCUGGACCGUCGCAGUGA